UUAAAAAAAGAUAUUAAUAAAUAAAUAUAAAUAAAAAUCCAGUAACGGUUAAAAGAAGUUUGAAUUGAAAAUAUUGAAAAUUUAAAACAGCGUUUCGUUUGCAAAAUAAGCUUAUUCAGUUUUUAUUCCAAACUGAAAUUUUAAUUAAAAAAUUAAAUUUAAGGAAUAAAAACGAACGCACGGAUAUUUUGUAUAAAAAAAAAAGUAUUUGCAAAUGUGUUGUAUAUAAUUUUAUGGCAUUUUCUAUAAAAUUUAAGGAAACAAAAAUCCUAAAUGAAAGUGUUAAACCAUUAAAAUUUUGAAUUAAACAAAUUUACAACAAAAUAAAAAAACGCCGAUAAAACUAAAUUAAAACCUUUUAACUAAGAAAAUAAAAACAUUAUUUUAACUCUAACUACAAAAUAAUCUUUGAAAAACAUUUCAAAUUGUGUUUCUACCAGGAAGUGUAGAUUAUUGAAAAUAAAAAUAAAAAAACAAAACUAUUUUAAGUGUCCAUUAUUUGGUACUAAAGUGAAGUGGUGCUUUUUGUAAAACAAAACCAAAAAAAAAAAAAAAAAAUACCAAAACAAACAAACAAAUAUUUCAACAUUUUAUUAGACAAAUUGGCUGCUAAAUUGCAAUACAAGUCUGCAACGACUCUUAGUUGUUUCAUUUCAAAAUUGGAAUAUCAGUUAAGAGAUAUUUCAAAUUACAUGAAAAUCUAUUGAAAUUGGUAAAAUAAAAAUUUAAAAUCAAAAUGAAGGCUGAAGAAAAAACUGUCAUACCCAGAGUUCGCAUCGCAGUGAUUGGCAAUGCAGAUGUCGGCAAAUCCGCACUUACAGUACGUUAUCUGACAGGUCGUUUUAUAGGGGAAUAUCGCUCAAAUACAGAUUUGUUGUACAACAAAACAAUAACAUUGGAGACAGGACUGACGGAAGUUGAAAUUGUUGAUGUUUAUGUCGGAAGUGUAGAUGGUGAUGAGCAUGAAAAUGAAUUUCCCAUGGAACAAGUUUUAUGGUCAGAUGCCUGCAUGAUUGUCUAUAAUAUAACACAACGUAGCAGUUUUGAAUAUGCGGCCGAAUGUUUGGCCAAAAUCAAAUCACUACAGAAUGCACCCACAGCAUAUUUGGUGGGAAAUAAGGCCGAUUUGGAUCAUAGGAGAAAGGUCAAUGAAAAAGAAGGUGCUGCUCUAGCGGCUGCCCAUUCGAUUGGCUUCUGUGAAGUUUCGGUAGCCGAGUACACACCCACCCUAUACAAAGCAUUCGAAAAGCUGAUAAUCGAUUCCAAAGCCAGACCACAAAAACAAAAUCGUAAAUUUUCGGUUAGUAAAAUGUUGGGCACCUUAAUAGGCAACAACAGCUAUAACCAGAAAACCAUGGCCAUUAAUCAAGGCACUGUAGUGCCCUGCCACAAAGGAGAGCUACACAAAUCGAGAGUUUUGAAAAGGCGUCAGGGCUUUACCGCCACCACAAGUCUGUGACCAGCAGCAGCCAAUGACGGCUGGUAAAUUAAAAAUAAACACCCAAAGCGCUUAAGCCAAAGAGUAAUAAGGACAAAAGUUAUACAAAAAAUAUUUAAAAAAAAAACAAGAGAUUUUUUAUGUUAUUUCAAAGAAAAAAUAAAGCCAUAAUUGAUUUUGUAAUUAUGGCUUAAAUUAUUAAUUAAAAUUAUUUACCUAGCAGUAAGUUAUAAAGAAAAUUUAAAAAAUAUUUUGUAGAUUUUUAUAAAAGUAAUGAAAACAAAUUAAGGAAUUGAGAAGUUAAGGAAAAUUUUUGUAAUUGUAAACAAUGGAUGGAAUUUAACUAAUAAGUACUUGGUACUGGCUUAAAUUUUCAUAAUAAUUUUACCUAAAAUUUAAGGCAAAGUCAAAUAAUGAUUUUACUCUACUCAUAUUUAAGAUAUUUUGUUUAAGUUAAACUUAAAGAAAAAAUUAAAAGAUAAUGUUUUUGUUUUCUAAGUUUUUAUUAGAAAAUUGGAGAAUAUUUUUUUACCUAAAAAAAAAACAAAAAGCUAAAAAAAAUAAUUAAUUUGUAUUUAAAUGGAAUUUUGAAUGAAGAAAACAAUACCCAAAUAUCUUAAAAAUAAAUCUUUAAAAAACAAGUAUUUUUGUAAAAAUUGUAAAACUUAAACAAAAUAAUAAAAACACAUUCCUGCUAUAAAUGUAAUAGAUGUUAAAAAAAAUACCCAAAAACCCCUGAAAUCCUUUCAAACAGCUUGACCAGAAUCCCUCAUUUUUUUUAAACACAAAUAACCUUUAACAGUUCGAAAUUUCAUUUGAAAACAAAUUGAAAAUUUUUCGCUUUUUCAAUAACUGAAAUUUUGUAUUUUUUGUUAAAAAUAAAAGAACAAAUUUUAUUGUAAAACAAAAAAUACAAAAUGUAAAGAACUGUGAUACAAAAGGUUUUAAUUUAAAACAAAAAUUAAAAAAAAAAAAAUCCAAAAAAAAAUUGUAAAAUAUUUUAAGGCCCCAGCAUUACAAAUUAAGUAGGAUUUAAGGGAUCUAAAUUAACCCUUAAAACCUGCUAACGAUUUCCCUGCUACCCACCCAAAAAAAAAAAGAAAUUCAAAGCAACUAAUAUUAUUUAAAAAAAACGACUAACAAAUCCCCUUAAUAUUUGUUUAGAUCUAUAAGAGAAAUUGUAAUAAUUAUUUCAUUAUAAUUAUUAUUUAAAUUUUUUGUAUAAUUUCUUUUUAAUUCAUUUAUAUUUUUAUGUUUCUUUAAUUUCUUUGCAAUUAAUUGUAAAAAUAUAAAUGCUUAAAAACCUCGAAUUUGAUUUUCAAUUCAAGUAUUUACUUCCCCCCAAAAAAUACUUAAAUUUUGAGAAUUCAAAUAUUUUCAAAACGAAAAUUUGUUAAAUUUUUAUAACAAUAAAAAAACAGUAACUUAGUUUUCCAUUAUCUAACAACUAAAAGGAAAACUUAAUAAAAAGUUUUACUGUUUGCUAAAAAAAAAACUCUAAUGAAAACCAAAUUCUUAUUAUUAGCAUUUAUAUUUGAAAUUAAAAUUUUAUUUAAACUUUUCUAUUAUAAUUUCUUUAAUUUUAUUUUUCAAUUUAAAGCUUAUUUUGUUAAAAUUUUUCCACUGUAUUAAACUCUUAAAUCUAGACAAUAACUAUGAAAAGAAAAUCUAAAUAUUAAAAUAAACCAAACAAAAAAAUAUUGAAUAAAUUUCUAAUGGAAAUUUUAUUUGAAUAAAUGUAAACAA